GAUAUACUUCGCCUUCGUGCCUCCCGAUCAGUACACUACCCCCUCCCUCACCAUAAAACACUGCGACAUUUUUUAUAUAUGUCGUCUCCAUGUCUCUAGUUCAUCGACUCGGACCAGAAAAGAGGCCCUCAAGCGCACACAGAACACAACACUCAGAUAAACUGAGAAUUAUCAACAGAGAACAUCCAUUCAACCAGAAGCUGCGGACCAUCAUCCCCACAGAUCAUCAGAAAAACCAACACCAAAGACCACUCAACGUACCAAUACCGACAUCCCCGCCGCCACAAUGUGCGUGACCAACGUAUUCGUCGAUCAAUAUCCGGACGGGAAGCAGGUGGAAUUCAGACAGACUUCCUACUGUCAAUACGGUCAGCCCAUGGCAGGUCGUCCUUGCCAGAAGCUGUCCACGCUUGAGAAUCCCGUCCGGAAGAUCCAGUUCGGAGAGCCAACCACCCAAUACAUGAUGACCGCUCACCAACGAGUCUUCACCCACACUCCUCCACAAUCGUCUGGUGGAUCUCACCACCGCUAUUCAGGAGGUGAAAGUGGCUCCGAAGGCCAUCGCCGGCGCGAUAGCAAACGGCGCAGCGAACUCUUUGCCCUGAAACCAACCCGUCAGCACAAGAAAGAGCGCAUCAUCAUUGUCGAUUCUCCUCCAACUCCACGCACUCCACCACAAGUGUAUCGUGAAACAUUCACCGCACCAAGCUCGCCAGCAACGCCCUUCAUCAUGGAAGGGCUACCUCGAAGAGAACGAGGCCGUGCUCCCAUCAUCGUUGAUGAGCGCCCACUCCACCGUGUCGACUCCGUCAACGCUGUAGUCGGCCGUCGCGCAAGGUCCCAAUCAAGGACUCGAUUCCAAUGGGACUCGCCUUCUUCAUCUCACACUUCAUUCGACUCACGUUCUCGUCGUGAAGCCGAGGAGAUUCAACUCCGUGACGAAGCCCUACGACGGGCAGAGCGCGAUGAACGUAUUGCUUACCUGGAAGCUGAACGUCGUCGCGAAGAGAGGAUCAAGCAGCAAGAUGAAGAGAUUCGUCGCCGACCGCCGAUCCCAUUGAGACAAAGACCGUACUUACGACCAGUCAUUGACCAGACCCAGGCUUUGCUGGGUGGCUUGAGUCUCAAUGAUAGACCGGGAGAGAGGAUCCUCAUUGCCGAAGAGGAAGCAAUGAAGCAGAGAUUGAGGGAGAGACAGAUGCCACAGCGCAGAUUCUCCGUCGGGCCAGGGCGCAGGAGACAUCGAGUUGUUUACGAGAAUGGAGUUUACCGAUGGGAGUAAAUUGUCUUCAGCAUAGGAUGCUUUUUACGUUGAUUCAGAAUUGAAUUUAUUGCUCCCAAGCUUGGGUGUUCAAGAUGAUUGUGAUGUUCGAGUGACGUGAGGUCAGCCAAUCGCCACACCAACACCCGCCAGCCUAUCCAUGGUUCAUAUCUCGACUAAAACCUUGACAUGCCUCUCCUUGUUUUUGAUGAGCUCUUUAAUACCAUCUUCGACGACCCUUUCUAACGGGACUUUGCUUGUAAUCAUAUCACCUGGUGUCAUUUUGCCUGA